AUGUCGAGCAACCAAAAGCAAGCUGUUCUCUUUGUGGCAUUUCUGUGCCUGGAUCUGUGUACCUGCAUGAGCACCAUGCCAAUCUGUGCCUACGGACACACCACCUGCCAGCUCCUGUCUCUGGCUAAUCUCUUUGACAGGGUCAUCCAACACUCAGCCAGGAUGCACGGGCUGUCCAGCGACCUGAACUCAGACCUUGAGAGCUACUUCCUGCCUGGCAAAAACCUCACUGGUAGCAUGUACCGCAAGUGUCACACAUCCAGCAUACUAACUCCUAAUAACAAGGAAGCUGCACAGACACUGGCCCAUGAGGAGUUAACAGAGGUCAUUGUCAAGUUGUUGAUGGCCUGGAAGUACCCUCUGUCCCUGCUGCAUGAGAUCAUGUCCCACCAACAAGACUAUGACAGUUUCAUCAGCAGUAAAGCUUUGGAGAUGAGUAACAUUGCUCUUGAGCUUUGGAAAGGAGUGGAGAAAGUUGUGAAGAAGAUGCAGUUGCUGGGGAUGAUCAAUAACUCAAUGAAUGGCUUCACCUCUCCUGAAGACUUAUUUCCUGCCAGUGGAGAGGCCAUGAGUGAAUACGAGCUCCUCUAUUGUUUCCACCGUGAUUCUGACAAGGUCCAGAACUACCUGAAGAUCCUUAAAUGCAGAAUUCUACCUGAUCAUGGCUGCUGA